GGGAGGGAGAGAGAGAGAGAAAGACAGAAAGACAGUUUCUAAGGGUCUCAGUUUCGGAGCCACUUUGUGCAUAAGUACAGUCUAAAUACAGAAUGCCAAAGAGAACCACUUCAAAGGAGCUGUGUGGAGAGUACAGGGAGCAGGUGGGUAAUUUUGCCCGGAGGGAGGCCACACGUCUGUUAACGGAGAACCAGUCAAAUAAACAUGCUGGCAAUGCUCGGGCAAUCAGGAGAGGCUACGGCCGAACGCAUCAUAUCUCCUUGGAAACAGGGCCCAUGACCCCAGGAUUUAACCACUCCUCCUCGAUAAAGAAACCCCAACCUUAUUCAAAAUGCCAAGACUGCCUGAGGCGGAUCCAGAGGUAUAUGAUAACAAAGCUUGGGGAGGACUGGAUCUUCCUGGUGCUGCUGGGUCUCACCAUGGCUCUAGUCAGCUGGAGUAUGGACUACGCCAGUGCGAAGAGCCUUCAAGCUUACAAAUGGAUGUAUGGAGAGCUGAAAGGGAACGUGCCACUUCAGUAUCUGGCCUGGAUCACAUAUCCCAUCAUUCUCAUUGUGUUCUCCUCUCUCUUCUGCCACCUGGUCUGCCCACAAGCUAUAGGCUCCGGUAUACCCGAGAUGAAGACCAUUCUACGUGGGGUGGUGCUGAAGGAGUAUUUAACUUUGAAAGCCUUUGUGGCUAAAGUCAUCAGCCUGACUGCUAGCUUGGGCAGUGGCAUGCCUUUGGGGAAAGAGGGCCCUUUUGUCCACAUUGCAAGUAUAUGUGCUGCUGUGCUGAGUAGAGUCAUGUCCAUCUUCACAGGAGUGUAUGAGAACCCCUAUGGUUACACUGAUAUUCUGACAGUGGGGUGUGCUGUGGGGGUCGGCUGCUGUUUCGGCACUCCUCUCGGAGGUGUAUUGUUCAGUAUUGAGGUCACAUCCACUUAUUUUGCUGUGAGGAAUUAUUGGAGAGGAUACUUCGCUGCUACGUUCAGUGCAUUUAUAUUCAGAGUGCUGUCUGUAUGGAACAAAGACUCUGUCACAAUUACAGCUCUGUUCCGCACAAAAUUCCGGAUGGACUUUCCGUUUGACCUGCAGGAGCUGCCAGCAUUCGCUGUCAUUGGGAUCUCAUGUGGAUUUCUGGGAGCAUUCUUUGUUUAUCUGAACAGACAGGUUGUUUUGUUCAUGAGAAGACCAACAGCUCUCACUCAGUUCCUCACAAAAUACCGGUUGAUUUACCCUGGUGUGGUGACUCUCAUUAUUGCCACCUUCACAUUUCCGCCAGGCUUUGGCCAGUUUAUGGCUGGUGAGCUGAUGCCGAGAGAGUGUAUCAACUCUCUGUUUGAUAACUUCACAUGGACAAAAGUCUGGGACCCCACAAUGGAACCUGGCCUGGGCCGCUCCACUGCCUGGUUCCAUUCAGAAGUCAGCGUCUUCAUCAUCCUAAUCCUCUUUUUCAUCAUGAAGUUUUGGAUGUCUGCAGUAUCAACAACGAUGCCUAUUCCCUCUGGUGCCUUCAUGCCAGUCUUUAUACUUGGAGCUGCAUUUGGCCGGUUGGUGGGAGAGAUCAUGGCCACACUUUUUCCGAAUGGUAUUCUCUUUGAUGGUAUUGUUUACCGAAUCCUACCUGGAGGCUAUGCUGUGAUCGGUGCCGCAGCGAUGACUGGUGCUGUCACACACACAGUUUCGACAGCAGUGAUCUGCUUUGAGCUGACUGGGCAGAUCUCUCACAUUCUACCCAUGAUGGUUGCAGUGAUCUUGGCUAACAUGGUGGCACAGGGCCUGCAGCCAUCCCUCUAUGAUUCCAUAAUCCAGGUCAAAAAGCUCCCCUAUCUCCCAGAGCUUGGUUUUGGACACAUCAGUAAGUAUAAUAUCUGUGUGGAGGACAUCAUGGUGAAGAAGGUGAAGUUUUUGUCUCCUCAGACCACCUACCGUGAGCUUCUUCACCUUCUGGAGACCACUACCCUCAAAACCAUCCCUGUGGUUGAUUCUAAAGAUUCAAUGAUUUUGUUGGGCUCUAUUGAGAGGUGUGAGCUUCAAGCAGCAUGUGACUGGUGGCUGUCAGUAGAGAGACGGAUUACUAACCAAGGUCAGGGAAUGCGCAGUCCAGGGUCCGUGGUCAGCUGGGAGUCCUUCAAUUUGGUAGAUGAAGAAGAAGGAGAGGAGAGCAAGGAAAAGGAAAACACAUUCACUGAGGAGCAGAACGGCCCAGUGGACACAGUGGGGGAUCCCACCAAUCACACAGCACCUGGUGUACUUGGGUUCCUGAGGAGCACACUCCAUCGCCUCUUCUCAAACUCAAACUCAUCCUCGUCGCAGCAGGCUGAGCCACAGGAUGCAUUGCCCGCACCGGUAAUAGACAGCAUGACUCCAGAGGAGAUCAAAGCUUGGGAAGAUGCUGAGCUGGAUAAGCCAAUCGAUAUUGAUCAGAUUCGCAUCGAUCCCUCCCCAUUUCAAUUGGUGGAAAGAACAUCGCUGCAUAAGACACACACACUCUUUUCUCUGUUGGGUCUCAGUCAUGCCUAUGUCACCAGCAUAGGUAAACUCGUGGGGGUCGUUGCACUCAAAGAGCUUCAGAAGGCCAUAGAAGGUUCAACCCGCAGUGGCGUGCGCCUGCGCCCCCCUCUGGCCAGUUUCAGAGACGCCAGCCGUAAAACCAAGGAGCACCCCCACCCGACCUCUGCCCCCUCUUCUCCCACUCGAGACAGAGAGCUGUGGAGCGAGGGAGAAAAGAAAGAAAUGACAGAUGAAGCAGAGCCCAAAUUGGAUGAGUCCAAAGAAACAGAGUGCAAGGUCAGUGUAGACAACAGCAGCAGAAGUCCAGAUAAUUCAGCUCAGGAGCAGCCGCCCUCCGCUUCCUCUCCCUCUUCUCCUUCCAUCCUUCUCACAUCCCUCCAUCCUCUGCCUGAACAGGAGACAAAUGCAGAGAGAGAGAGUGAUGAUGAACUGGUUUAAGGACUUUCAGGAUUUUUUUCUUACACAAACUUAACCCUCUGUAGAGGGUCUCCAUUGAGACACUGGUGAGUUUUGGCUGCAGAUGGGUUAGAAAGAUAUAAUAUGUGAUGUGAAGUUUUUCUACAUUUUUCUACAUCUGACACAGAUCCCUUGUUCUCAAGGCUAAGUCUCUCCCCACCUGUCUCAGGACAUCAUGUGUGUCUCAAAUGUAUCAGCCCUCCCUUAGUCUGUCUCGCUGUCCGAGUGUCCUUUUGUCUGACAUUGAAAAGCAGGUGCUUGAACAUCAGCUCUAAUCAGCAUGUUUAAAACUUCCAUUAGCUAGAUGAUCCAUUAAAUUGACUUCCAAAUAAUUUAAGCUAUAGAAUAUUGUUCCUCUUAUUACACUGCUUGAUUAUGAUUCAGAUUAUUAUUAAAUGAUUAUAAUGGAAUUAUUACCACUGUCCUCAAAAUGUGAAUCAUAUGUUUUCUGUUGAUUUUUUAAAAUUAUUAUUAUUUUACUUCUUUUUUAUUUUGUUAAUGACCUUGCUUCAUUUUGAUCUUAAAGAAAACACUUCAUUGUUUCAGAAAAAAAUACAAUACACUAUGACAGAAAUACUUUUUCUUUGUUUAUUUGUUCGUUUUUCAUUAUUGUCAUUUGGGGAGGGGUGUUGAAUAGGAAUGAGUAUUUGUCUACGUUUGGGGGGGGGUUUUCUUUUUUUUUAAAAUCUCGUGCAGGAAAAGGGAAGAGAGAGCGCGAGACAGAGACAGGGAGAGAGAAAGUGAAAGCACACUGGAAGAACCAUGUCAUUAGACCCUUCAGACAAGCAUGCAUAGAUAUAGGCAUCACAGAUCAAAUUCCCACUUACACUUAUUCAAAUAAGUCCAUAUCCAAAUACAAUCCAAAAGAAUUCAUAUCUGUCUGUUUAGAACAUAUUUGGAUCACAUUUCUAACAAACAGUUGAACCUUUACAUAGUUUGUUAAACAAAACCUGUGGAUGAUGAUCACUUUGUAUUGUGAUUACUCCAUUAAAAGGAAAACCAGGGUUGGAGAGACAGAAGCUGAGAAAGAAACAGAAAAACAGAUCGAGACUAAAAAAAAAAAACAA